GUUGCCUGGUAACAGCAGCUAUGCUCCUCAGCAGACUGAUGCUAACAACAAAGCCCGUGUUUUGGGGCAUUUCGGGAGAAUAAACCGCGUUAUUCUCACGUUGAACUUACCGAAGCAGCUCGCGUGGCGCCAUGACGGCCAUAAAGGACGGAGAAUACACGGCCACGAUCUACAAACUGAUUAAAGAAAGUCAGUAUGUAGACGCCAUUCACAUCCUGAACGGACAACUUCAGAAACACACUAAGUCCCGUGCGGCGCUGUCUCUGUUGGGAUACUGCUACUACCACCUCCAGGACUUCUCCAGCGCGGCCGAGUGCUACGAGCAGCUGACCGCACUGCACCCGGAGGUGGAGGAAUACAGACUGUACUACGCCCAGUCUCUGUACAAGGCCGGGGCCUAUCCUGAAGCCACCAAGGCCUCCUUCUCUCUGGACACGCCCAACACACACACCCAAGAUUUAAAAAUGGUGAAGUUGCAGGCGUGCAUUAAAUACUGUGAAGAGGACUAUUCUGCAGCCAAGUCUUUGUUGGAGCAGUUGCCUCCGGACGACCCAGACUACAUCUUUAACAGCGGCUGUUUACUUUAUAACGACGGAAAAUACGAAGAGGCCUGUAAGAAGUUCACCUCGGCCAUGCAGGUCCUGGGAUACGUGCCCGCUCUGUCGUACAACAUCGCCCUGUGCUACUACAGCCUGAAGAACUACACCCAGGCUAUGAAGUACAUCAAUGAGAUUAUCGAGAGGGGCGUCAGAGAACACCCAGAGCUGAGUGUGGGCAUGACCACAGAGGGCAUAGACUACCACAGUGUGGGCAACACUCUGGUGCUGCAUCAGACGGCUCUGAUUGAGGCCUUUAACCUGAAGGCAGCCAUCGAGUACCAGCUCAAGAACUUGAAAGGAGCUCAGGAGGCUCUGACGGACAUGCCCCCCAGAUGUGAGGAGGAGCUGGACCCGGUGACCCUCCAUAACCAGGCCCUGCUGCACAUGGACUCUAAGCCCAGCGAGGGCUUUGAGAAGCUGGCCUUCCUCCUGCAGCAGCCCUCCUUCCCCCCGGUCACCUUUGGAAACCUGCUGCUGCUCUACUGCAAACACGAGUAUUUUGACCUGGCUGCAGACGUCCUGGCAGAAAACGCUCAUCUCACCUACAAAUUUCUCUCUCCAUACAUGUAUGAGUUUUUGGAUGCACUCCUGACCUGCCAGACAGCACCAGAAGAGGCUUUCAGGAAGUUUGAUGAAAUGAACGGAAAACUGACGGAGCAGCUUCGUAAAGUGGCCAAACAGCUCCAGGAGGCUCGUUUGGCUCGAGACGAUGAAGGCCAGAAGAGGGCGCUGCAAGAGUACGACCAGAUGCUGGAGAAGUACAUCGUGGUGCUCAUGGCUCAGGCUAAAAUCUACUGGAACCGAGAGAACUUCCAGAUGGUGGAGAAGAUCUUCCAUAAGUCUGUGGAGGUCUGCAAUGAAGACGACACGUGGAAACUGAACGUGGCUCACGUGCUGUUUAUGCAGAACAAAUACAAGGAGGCCAUAGGCUUCUACGAGCCCAUCGUCAAGAAACACUAUGACAGCAUCCUGAACGUGAGCGCUGUGGUGCUGGCAAACCUGUGUGUGUCCUACAUCAUGACCAGCCAGAACGAAGAGGCGGAGGAGCUGAUGAGGAAGAUCGAGAAAGAGGAGGAGCAGAUUUCAUAUGACGACCCAGAUAAGAAAGUGUUCCACCUGUGCAUCGUCAACCUGGUGAUCGGGACGCUGUACUGUGCAAAAGGAAACUACGACUUUGGCAUCUCCCGAGUCAUUAAGAGUCUGGAGCCCUACAACAAGAAGCUGGGCACAGACACGUGGUUCUAUGCGAAGCGCUGUUUCCUGUCUCUGCUGGAGAACAUGUCCAAACACAUGGUCAUGCUCCGAGACGCCGUGGUCCAGGAGUGUGUGCAGUUCCUCCAGCACUGUGAAGUUUACGGUAAAGAGGUGCCGGCGAUCAUCGAGGCCCCGCUGGACGAGACGCACGUUCACAUCGGUAAAAACACCGUCACGUACGAGGCGCGAGUUUUAAAGGCGCUUUUUUACGAUGUCACCGGGUGGAACAAGUGAAUGGACCAAUGACUGAAGCGGAAAACCGACUGAAACAUGAAUGAAGAUGCUCAAAAGACCCGGAGAUUGAUACUUUGCCCUCAACUAAAUCAAACUAAUAUCAUAUCAGCAAAGAAGAAAAUGGGACUUUUAAAGGUACAGUACGUCACUUCUGGAGGUGGCCAGUUACCUAUACAAUUCUAUGGAAAUACAAAAUUAAAACCAUAUUUCAGAAUAUUUUAGAACUACAGUGGAAAACAUGUGGCCCACUUUUAGACCUGGUUCAGCCCUAGAGCAGAUCUGGUUUAGUCCAGUUCUAGACCUGGUUUAGAUCAGGUGGAACUCGGAAAGACAAAUCCUUUCUUUGGUGGACUAAAGGAAAAUUGUCAUAUAAACCUACAUCUUUUCUGAGGGCAGUGUAUCAAACUUAUAGAAUUCUCCUGUACAAGUUUGAAUUUGUAGAGCUUGGACGAUUUUUAUGAAUAUAUUUCUAAAGGAGGAGUGCGGUUUCAGAAAAAGGCAGCUGUGUAUGUUCAUAUAAGGAUCCACAAAUCCACCUUUAUGACAUUUGCAUAAUUUUUGUGAUAAAAUUUUCAUGUAAAAUAAAAGUGUUUUGAAUUUA